UUUUUUUUUUGUCAAAUUUUUAGAUACAAUAAAGAGCGUGGUGUGGUUUUCAACACAUAUCAAGCAUAUCUGAAGAGCUGCUUGCGCGAUGUUGAACUGGAUAUGAACAUCGCCAGACGGGAAAAUUUUCAUUUUGGAUGUAAAGUUGUUCGUGGCGCCUAUAUGGGGCAGGAAAGGGAGCGUGCUGCUGCGUUAGGCUACGAGGAUCCAAUUAAUCCAAAUAUCGAGGCAACGGCCGAGAUGUACAAGCAGGUUGUGCAACGAAUAAUCAACGAGCGUGUGGAACGCGGGGUCGGCUCAGUAUCCGUUAUGGUUGCAACGCAUAACGAGGAGAGCAUCAAGCAGGCCGUGGAAAUGAUGCGCAAUGCAAGAAUCUCACCGUCCGAGAAAACAGUCUGCUUUGCGCAACUUUAUGGAAUGUGCGAUCAGGUCUCGUUUUCAUUGGGUCAGGCCGGUUAUUCAGUGUACAAGUACGUCCCAUACGGACCAAUUGAUGAUGUUAUGCCUUACCUCUCUCGACGAGCUCAGGAAAACGGAGCUAUUUUGUCGAAGGCUAAAAGAGUAAGUGUUGCUCACUUCAGUGAUGUUUUUCGAGAAAUUUCUAGCCAAUUCCCGCAUGAUCAUUUUGAGUGA